GGAGAGACAGCAUUAAUGUUUGCUGCCAGGUUUGGACGCCUGGAGAUCUGUCGUCUCCUCAUUGAUAGAGGAUGUAAGAUCGACAUCACAUCAAACCGUGGAUUCACAGCUUUACAUUAUGCUGCUGAGGAGGGAUAUCUACAGAUCACAAGAUGUCUGGUAGAAAGAGGUGCCAGUCCCUUGGUUACAACACAUAAGGGUAAGACUCCAUACGAUCUAGCAGCAAAAGAAGAAAAGGGGCAGUAUAAUGAAGUGAUGGAAUACUUACAGACUGUCAUGUCAGAGAAAUCUUCAGGUGUGACUGCUGGACAAGGGAUAGAAGAUGAUGUAGUUCCAACUGAAAUAAAAUUAAUGGCUGACAAAAGAUCUAUUGAUUUGUACUUAAAAUUACUCGAGUCAGGGUCUGAGAAAAAGAGGGACAUACGUUUAGUAGUUGUUGGAAAACAAGGCGCUGGAAAGACAUCAUUGAUUAGAAGAUUGUUUGGUGAAGACAUUACAGAUGUAACCAGUACAAAUGGAAUCAAAAUUCACAAAAUAAAAUGCAAAGCAAUGUCUGAUGAUGGCAUAUGGAAUAAGUUAGAUGAAAAAUAUGAAUUAACUGAAACUCUUGGAAGACUAUUGAAAGAAUAUGAGGAACAACGUCACGACAAGGCAGCUAAAGAAAAACUAGUAGAAUCACACAUGGCCAUUAAGGACAAAAGACCAGCAAUAUCUUAUGAUGAAUCAAUGAAAUCAGAGACGGUAUCCAUGGAACCUAAAAUAAUAAAACCUCUAGAUGAACCUCUAGUAACACCUCAGCAGUCCAGCCAAUCCUCUGAACAAGCAGCAAGGGAUUUUGAAACCAUGCUAACCGCUAAGUCUAAAGUUGAUGUACACGACAAAGAGGAAUAUGCCACAUUUUUGCUAUGGGAUUUUGCAGGGGAUGAAGAAUUUUACCACACACAUCAAACCUUUUUGUCCCAAGAUGCAAUGUAUCUUGUUGUAACAAAACUCAAUGAAGCAGAUGAUUCUAAUGCACAAGCUUUAUUCCGACUCUGGAUUGACUCAAUACAUUGCUACAGUAGACUGGAAGAGGGAAAUAUAUCGGAUGACAAGACGACAAAGUCAGGUUAUCUUGAUCCACCAAUAGUUAUUGUUGGUACAUGGAAAGAUGCUGUAGAAGCCUCAGCAGCAGAAACGGUCGAAAAAGCAUACAAAGAAAGCCUGUUAAAAUACACCAAUGAACUAGCAGAUGAUGAACGUGGUCAUUUAAGGUGUGAAUACUUCAUUUCCAAUAAAGACGAUGAAUGCAUUGUAUUUCAGCAGAUACGUCAGAACAUUUUAAAUUUAGCCAGAGGAAUGAGAACCUGGAACAUAAAAUAUCCGUUAAAAUUCAUUCAACUGGAACAACGACUUCAAAAAAAGAAAGAAGAGUUACCAAUCAUUUCUUAUCAUGAAAUGAAAGACAUUUCAACUAAUACACCAGAGCCUUUAAGUGAGGAAGAACUGAUAUUGUUUCUAAAAUUUCACCAUGAACUCAGAGCUUUAGUGUAUUUCAAGGAUCUAUCCGAAUAUAUCAUUUUAGAUACACAAUGGUUGUCUGAUGCUUUUAGAUGUAUAGUAACAGCACAGAAAUUUCGAAUUAAUAUCAGAAAUCAAAAAGAAUGGAAUGAUUUUUUUCAACUAGGCAAAUUAAAAAAUGCAGUUUUAGAAGAUAUAUUUAAAAAUGAAACAACAAUUUUGUAUGAACAUAAAGACUUUAUCUUGAAAGUUAUGGAGAAAUUUGAUAUAAUUAUACAUCCAAACAAAUCAGAGGAUGUUGAUGAAAACCAUUGUUACUAUGUACCCUGUAUGAUAAAAGAACAAUGCCCGUGUGACAUCUACCAAAUGUUUAAAGUGCCAGAAGAUACUCAUCACAGGUCCACUUGGUUGUGUUUCAAAUUUAAGUUUCUACCACCACAUCUUAUGAAUCAUUUAAUUGCAUCACUGAGCCGGAGGUAUGCUAUAGCACAAGUCGGUAUAUCAAAUCAGAAGAAAAUGCAGAUUGCUAUUUUCCGGAACAUUGUGGUCUUUGAGUUACAUAAGACGAAAUUGAGAAAAUUGCUGGUAACGACAUGUCCAAAUGCAAUACAGAUACAAGUUUUAGAAUUUGGGAAAGUUAUUGAAGGAGGGUUGUUCAAGGACAUCGCUGACUUAGUUGAGAUGGAAUUAGAAAAGAUAAUUCAUACGAGAUUCAACAUGUCAAAUGUAAAAUUUGAAAAAAAGUGGGAAUGUGGUCUAACAAAACCAGAGUUUGUUACAGGUAUCAAUGACUUUGAUGGAGAGCAGAUGACAGAAUACUACUGUGAAACAUGUAAAAAAAAACACAAGUUCGUGGAUGAAUGGUCAGGUUUACAAACGAAAUCUCUAAGCUUUCUCCAUUGUUCUAAUGAUGCUGAACACUCAAAUCCUCAUCUAGAACCCCCCAGGAACAAAACAAGAAUGUCGACGAAGAUACGUUGCUCCUUGCAAGCUGGUAUGCAAGCAUUUUCAGAUGUAACUGAAGAGUCAACUAGAACAGGCAGUUUGACUGGGUUUUCAAAGGGGGAGAUCAAUUUUGCAAAGAUGGGGAUGAUUGUGCUGAAUAUUCUUGCUGAUGUUUUAUAUGAUCUAUUGAGGUCAGAUAAACCUCACCUGCCUCAUAGGAGUGAUUGUGAUAUAACGUACUUGUACAAGGCACACAGAAAUCUUAAUAAGAACAUUCCUAGUAAUCGAUGGGGAGGAACAUGGCAGAAUAUUCAGGUUGCAGACAUAGCUAUUGGAGAUGAUAUUGAACGCAUACGACUUUUACGGAAUGACCUACAACACUCGAAGAAAUUCACACUUGAUGAUAUACGUUUUAAUGAGUUUUACAUUAUAAUUGUUGAUCUUGUGGGAAGAUUCGAUUUACAUAAUAAACCAACAACGUUGUACACAGACCAACUAAAAGAAAUAAUGGACAAACAAGUUUCUAAAGAGGAAAUGAAAUGUAUUAAGCAACAGUUUAUAAGUGAAUUCAAAUUAGAAGUGGCAAUUGAUAUUGAAAUGGAACAGCAAUGAAUAUAUAUCACCAUAAUAGAACAUUAACUCGUAACCACCAUUGUAUACAUUGUAUACAACUGCUGUUGAAGGCAUUAAUAUGUUAUAGCUGGAAAGGGCAUACUUUAGUCAGUGUACCAACUAUAAAAUUUCAAACCUAAAUAAUGAAAACCGAGGAUGUAUGAUGCUUACACAAGUCUAGACCUAUAUUACCAAAAGUGACAUAAAAAAAAAUCUAAUCUUCUAAGUUAAAUUUUGCCUAAGGGAGUUAGAACCUUAGUUUUGUAAUAAUUACUGAAUUUGUUUAUGGAUAAUUUAGAAUCUGGAGCCCUGACUACUGGGUAAGAUGUUAUCCUCAGCAGGGAUGUUGACACACAACUAGUAUAUUGGAAUAACAAUUUUUAAAUGUGCAAAUUUCGAGAGAAGUAUGUAAUUCAUGUGUAAGACUUAUCAUGUUAAUAUAGAAAAUUAUGUGUUUUAUCAUAUUUACGGCUGUAUAUUACAAAAAAACAAUAUGUUUGUUUGAUUCAUGGUUUUUUCAACUUUGCCACAUAAUGGAAGAUAACUCAGAUAUAAGAGUAGGUAAUUCAGAUAAGAUAACUUGUAUAAUAGAAUGUGUUGUGAAUUUACAUAUUUCAUUAUGUAGCAAGAAAACGAGUCCAGUGAUCCCAUUUUUAUCUUUGUAUACGACCGCAAAGAUGUUUUUGCAGUCGUAUAUUGGUAUGACGUUGGCAUUGUUGUCGUCCAAAGACACAUUGGUUUUCGCAGUUAAACUUUAAACUAAGUGAAUGGAUCUCUAUGAAAUUUUACCACAAGGUUUAAUUCUACAAAAGGAAGGUUGGAUUGAUUUUGGAGGUAAUAUGGUACCGACAGAUAAGGAAUUAGGGGCCAACAAUAAGCAUUUUUGUAACUUCCAGACAAUAACUUGUGUGUAAGUGUAUAGAUCUCUGACAUUGUACAACAAGGUUCAAUAUCACAAAGGGAAUGAUGGGAUUGAUUUUGGGGGUAAUUGUCUCAAAAUUUUAGGAGUUAGGCAAAAUACAAGCAUUUUUCUAGUAUCAUGACAAUAACUUGUGUAUCAGUGUAUGAAUCUCUCUAAAAUUAUACUGUAAGUUUUCAUAUUACAAAGAAAUGGUUAGGAUUGACUUUGGGGUGUUUUGGCUCAAACAAUUUAGGAAUUAGGAGCAAAAAAAGGGGAAAAAAAGUUUUUUUUUCUGGUUAAAGGACAAUUGAGACAAUUUAAAAGCAGUGUAAUGGAGGUAAUCCAACUCAAUUUAAACAACAAUGUUUGAUUACCUCCCUUACACUGCUUGUAAAUGUUGGGGGUUAAUAUUUAACAGCAUAGUGUAUUGCACACACGCAAACAAAUGGGGUGUUUUUUUUUAUUUAUUUGGUGUUGUUUUUGUUUUUUUGGGGG